AUGGCAAUGGUGAGAAGCCUAGAUGCAUUCUUGAAUGGAUUUGCAAAGCUAUAUCUUGAUCAAUGGCAAGUCGACCUAAGGCUUAAGGCAAGAGACUCUAAAAAGGGUGAAGCUAUGUCUGUCCACAAAUUUGUUAUGGCAGCAAGAUCAGAAGUGUUUAAGAAGAUUCUGGAAUCAGACAAGUUCAAGGCUUCUGAUGGUAAGAUAGAGACAAUAACUCUCUUUGAACUUAAACAAGAAGCAUUGGAGGCUUUUGUUGAGUUUAUAUACCACAACAGCUCUAUCCUUUCUGAAAAAGAGAAGAAACAUGUUCCAUCACUUUAUAUAGCAGCUGACAAAUAUGAGGUUCUGCUUUUGCGGGAUCUAUGCAGAAACGAGCUUAUAGCAUCUCUGGACUUACCUAAUGCUCUUAACGUCUUGGAGCUGUCCAUGAUUACUUCUGACAAAGCCUUGAAUGACUCUGCUGCCAAAUUUAUCGUAAGGAAUUUUAAGACUAUAUGCAAAACUGCUGAGUUUAAGGCUUUCGUUCGCAAGAAUCCAGAUUUUUCUGUUGAAUUGAUGAAAGCUUCUUACACUCAGAAGUGGAGUGUUCGUUAUGUCUGA